AUGUUCCUUCAAGCCUUGUCCAAACCGCUACAAGAGGAAGUAGUAAGAUCGGGCAUAGAAGUAGUAAUCGGAGGAUUGUCCAAUCUGACGUUGCAGUCGACUCUACUGGAGGAAAUAAAAGAAGGUCAAGAAUCAGAUCCUCACCUAACCGAGGUCAAAGCAGAAGUCAAAGAAGAAAAAAUGAAGAAUUUUAAUGUUUCUGACUCAGGAAUAUUAAAAUUUAAUGGAAGAGUUUGCGUACCUGCAAGAGAGGACAUUAAAAAUAAGAUUAUGAAGGAAGCUCAUAACACUCCAUACACGGUACAUCCAGGCUCAACAAAGAUGUACAGAAGUUUGAAGGAACACUUUUGGUGGCCUGGCAUGAAGAAAGAUGUAGCCCAAUAUGUAGCUCGAUGCCUUACUUGCCAGAGGAUUAAGGCAGAACAUCAACGACCUGGAGGAGAACUACAGCCUUUGGAAAUACCAGAAUGGAAAUGGGAGCAGAUUGCAAUGGACUUCGUUAUUGGACUUCCACGAACAAGCAAAGGAUAUGAUUCAAUAUGGGUCAUCAUCGACCGAUUAACAAAGUCUGCUCAUUUCCUUCCGGUAAAGGUGACGUACACAGGGGACCAUUAUCAGGAAACCAUAGGGAUGGCACCCUAUGAAGCGUUAUAUGGGCGGAAGUGUCGAUCUCCUAUCCAUUGGCAUGAAGUGGGUGAAAGAAAGUACGUAGAGCAACAAACUGGACCAAAUAUGGUGACGUCGACAACGGAAGUCGUUUUUAAAAUUCAACAGAGGAUAGCAAUAGCCCAAAGUCGACAAAAGUGCUAUGCAGACAAACGAAGAAGACCAUUAGAGUUCCAAGUCGGAGAAAAAGUAUUUCUGCGGAUAACACCAAUGAAAGGUGUUAUGAGAUUUGGACAAAAAGGGAAAUUGAAUCCAAGGUUCAUUGGACCUUUUGAAAUAUUAGACCGAAUUGGAAAAGUGGCCUAUAAAUUGGCACUGCCACCAGAGUUGUCAGAUGUACAUGAUGUAUUCCAUGUGUCUAUGUUGAAGAAAUACAUUCCUGAUUCCAGUCACGUGUUGAAACAUGAAGUUAUCCAGGUGGACAAAGACCUUACUUAUGAGGAAAAGCCUGUCCAAAUCUUGGAUCGAAAGAAUAAGGUCUUAAGAAAUAAAGAAAUACCUUUAGUCAAGGUAUUGUGGAGAAGCCAGGCAAUAGAAGAGGCUACGUGGGACCGUGAGGAUGAGAUGAAAGCUAAAUAUCCCGAUUUAUUCUAUAUUUUCGAGGACGAAAAUUUAUAA